CGUACCCUACCGCGCGAAGUUUCCAAGUAUCAAUUUAUUUCGCUGCCGACCGCGUAUUGAAGAGGAACGAAAUUAGAUACAUAUGAACAUAUAUUAUUAUAAAUUUUAUUAAAAAUGAAUACGUAUUGGAACAUGUUUUAUUUGGAGCGUCCACCGUACGCAACAUGGUCUAUCGAAUCAACAUCUGCAACGGAAGCAGGUGUAAAUAUAGACAUAUGUAAACUUGCGCUCGAUUCGGCAAUCAAUGAUCUAGAAUCAAUGGAUAUUCUUCAUAAAGAAGCUGCAGCCUUAAGUCGCUUAAUAUAUCGAAUGAAGAACAAAUUUCGUAGUGACAAAGGAUUAAGAAGCAUGGUUAACUUGAACAAAAUAUUAAUUAAUUAUUAUAAUAUGGCUUUGCUGAAGGAAUAUAAGGACUUGCGAUCUAAUAUUGAAACCGAAGAUGGAAUUCAUAUAUUACCAAGUAAACAAAUGCUGGAAUAUGUACUUGUGAGAACACAAGGUUUUGCAAAGCUUAUGUCUAAAAUAGAAAUUACAGCAAGAUACGCUGCACAUUUUUUAAAAGCACGAAUUCAAUUGGGUCAUGCAUGGAGUAUUGCUUUAAUCGCUUAUGCUACUGUGAGCAGAAUUUGGUUUUGCUCAAGACAUACACUUAGGAAAUCUUGUAACUGGUACAACAGGCUGUAUAUUUGUUCAAAGAACUUUAAGUAUGUUGGUCUACCUUGGAUUCCAAGGAAUCAAAGCUUACCAAGCGAUUUGAAGUUAUGGCUCUCUUUAAACUGGCUACAUAUGAACAUGCAAGAUACAAAUGAACAAAAAGUAUUUGAUGAAUUUGUGGCAAAAGUGUACAAUACAAAUGAAAUUAAUUUGAAUAUAUCUAACAAGAACUUCAAAAUUGAUUUUCCAAAACUAUCACAAGAAAAUGCUUCAACCCAUAAUGUAUUAAGUGAAGAAUCAGACAAUGAUGAUAUAAAUGAUAUUGGAGAAGUAAUAGCCCGAGGGACUUUUGAGAGAAAUUUUCCAAAAGUGUCACCUAAUACUGAAAUUCCUCUAUCAAGGAAGCGUAAACAUGUAAAUACCAAUAAUGAAGAAAAAACGACGAGAAAACGGAAAAUUAAAUAGAAAAAAAACAAAAAAGGGAAUUAAUGUGAUACCAAAGCUGAAAACCAAAUCAAUGAAAACGAGAUUGAUUCAUUUUAAGUACAUCUUUUAUAUAUAAGACUAUUAUACUCAUUAAAAUAUGAUGUAUAUGAAUUAAUCUGUGAUAAAAUAGAUAUGUAUAUCAUACUGAUAUAUAUAUUUAGUUAAAAAAAUAAUUCUGUAAAUGUAAAUAAUUGAUAUUUUUAAUAUACAAAUUUUUAUAUAUGUUGUGUGUGUAUAUAUUAUCAUCCUAUACAUUUUUUGAAAUAAAGUUAGAUUAAUCGAGAGUGAUAAGAUGUAUUCAUAUCACUCGUGCAUAAUGAUAUACAUAUAAAAUCAGACGAAAGAUUUGUAUAUUAUGUAAAGAAUUAUAUCCAUAUAUCUGCUGCAAUACUUUUAAUUGCAAUUGAGAUCAUCGACAAGUAAAUUAUCUUAUGGGGAGAAAGAGAAAAGCUGACGGGGGAGAAACAAAAAUGACAUAAUACAACUCUAAUUAAAUGCGAAGUUAAUAACAUUAAAGCACACAAUAACUAAUUUCUGUCGAGGAUAUUUCGAUAUUUCCGUAUUUAUAUAUAAGAUAUAUCGUGUAAUGA